AUGAUGAGCUCCGAUGCUGCUUCUCCUUCUCACCUUGACAUGUCCGACUCUAUAAGUCCGGGCGCAGAUACCACGAAGAUCGCUGCAGACCCCAUGGCUGCUGCUGGUCAUAUGAUGUCUGCUGAUGACCCUGACAACCCACAAAACUGGCCGCUCUACAAGAAAGUCUAUGUCUCAGCGGUGGCAUUCGCAUUUGCCUGGGUGGUUGCCCUAGGUAUCACCAGCUACACAGCUGGAAUCUCCGGGGUGAUUGAACGCUUCGAUGUGACAAUGCAGGUUGCAAUACUCGGUUUCUCCUUAAACCUUCUGGGAAUCGCCUUCGCGCCAAUAAUCACACCACACCUUAGUGAACGAUUCGGGCGUCAGGCAAUUUACUUGAUUUCCCUACCGACCUUCAGCCUUUUCAUCCUGGGCGCCUCAUUUUCCCGCUCUUUCGCAGCUCUAGCGGUAUGCCGCUUCUUCGCUGGCUUCUUCGGAGGCCCUUGCCUCGUCUUGAUUGAAGGGAGCUUUGCCGAUGUUUGGUCUGCAAACACCACGGUGGUUUAUUAUUCGUUCCUCGCUUUGGCUUCGUUCAUAGGAACAGCAUGCGGACCUCUUAUCGGAGGCUUUGUCGUCGCAUAUGGUGGCUGGCGAUGGACUCAGUGGAUCGUUCUGAUCCUUGCUCUCGGCGUUUACCUCUUUGGCAUUGCGCAGCCGGAUACUUAUCCACGUGAGAUCCAGAGACGCCGAGCCAAACGCAACGGUAUGCCUCUGAAGCUCCUGGAUGCCCAAAGUGGAGUCACCCUGCAAGACAUGUCGAUUGUAACAUUCUUCGUACCCUUGAAGAUGUUGGUCACCGAGCCAAUCGUCAUCGCACUGAGCUUAGAAGUAGGCUUCAUCUUUGCGGUCACCUUCCAGUGGUUUAUCGCCAUCCCUGCUGUCUUGGAGACCACCUACAACUUCACCGUUCAGCAGGUAGGCAUUGCCUUCAGUGCAGCUAUCCUCGGUGCCUCGCUAUCCACUGUCAUGUCUACUAUCAUCGAUAUUAGCGUUCCCCACUGGUGCACGAAGAACCACGACGGCACAGUACCGGAGGAAUACCGGAUGUUGCCUGCAAUGAUAGGGGGACCCCUUGUCAUGACGUCACUCUUCUGGAUCGCAUGGACGGCGAGCCCGUCGAUUCACUAUCUGAGCCCCAUAUUUGGCACCGCGGUGUACGUCUGGGGCGCCCAGUCUAUCAUCAUCUCCUCGAUCUCGUAUCUCUUCGAUGCCUACCCACCGCGCGGUACUCUGUCUGCACUCACUGCGGCGGCUUCGUUCAGACUGGUCCUUGCGGCCAUAAUACCACUUGUGAUCAUCCAGAUGAUCACUAACUUGACGGGUGGCUGGACAUAUUCGACUUUUGGUUUUAUCUCAGCUGCGUUGAUACCCAUUCCAUGGAUUCUGUAUAAAUUCGGUGCAAGACUUCGAGCGGCCAGCAAGUACAACCCUCCAAGGCCGGGAGGCAUGAUGAAGGGCGUAUUGGGCCGUGAUGAGGAAAUGCAGAUAGAAGAGGCUCAGAUGCAGGGGACAGCUACCGGGAUGUAG